AUGGACGACAACGAUGAGCUUGAGUCGUUCCGCCAACAGUGGCGCGAGGAGGUCACUCGUCGAUCAAAACCCAAGGCUGCCCCUCCUGCUCCUGCAACUCCGACCCCUCCGGCUCGUCUUCCGCCCACACGCCACGAGGCCUCACACCGCAAGGAGAUCGAGGAAGAGGGUCCGCCGCUGGCUUCCUUUGAUCCCGAUGAGCUGGCCCAACAAGUCGGUGAACUGAGUGUGGAACCACCCGAAGAUGACUUCUCACGUCGAGAGGUAGCAGAACCAACAUCUGCACUGGAGCACUUUGAACGAGCGGUCGAGAAGGAGGCCGAAGGCAACUUGGGAGAUAGUCUUUCACAUUACCGGAAGGCAUAUAGGCUAGAUUCCGCGGUCGACAAGUCCUACCGGAAUAAGCACUAUGCCCAUGUAUGGAAGAAGCCAAAUCAGCCCGCGCCCACUACCCCUGUCGCUGUGACCCAGCAGCCCGAUGUACCGAUCCUCCCGACAUCUGAGCUCAUUGCAUCGUUUGCACACCUGCCAAUCUCACAGCUGGAUCCUAUCUUCGAGAACACACCACCGCCCCCUUGCCCGAUCGCCACUGUGCCGUCGGAAGUGUUAGUGGAGAUUCUGCGGCAUGUGGCAAUGAACGACCCAUCGGCAUUUGGCCGGAUGGCACUGGUCUGCAAGCGGAUGGCGUACCAUUUCGCUCACGAACAGCAUAUCUGGAGACGGAUCUGUCAAGGCCCGGAGUUUGGCUUCCAGGGAAUGCAUUAUGACUUUGCAUGCGACCUGCAUGGGGAACCGAUUUACACCCUUGCGCCGCGAUACACUCCAUUUCCCAAGGGCGGGCCUGUGGAAAUCCCCCCGCCGCUGUCUUCAUGGAGCCAAGUGUUCCAGACCCUACCUCGGAUUCGUUUCACGGGCAUCUACAUUAGCACGGUCAACUAUACUCGGCCUGGUGCUGCAUCUGCGUACUCGAAUCUGUCGUGGAACAGCCCCAUCCACAUCGUGACUUACUACCGCUAUCUGCGGUUCUACCCAGAUGGCUCGGUAAUCUCGCUGCUCACUUCAACGGAGCCAGUCGAUGUGGUCCCUCAUAUUAGCAAAGAGAAUUUGAUGGCGUCGCGCACCCCAACACACCGAAAACAUCAGCGGCGUCUGUCCGAUGCGGGUCAUACCCUAUCUGGAGCCACUGAUGCCAUCCCACCUGUCGCCACGAAUACAUUGAAGCAUGGCCUUCGGGGCCGGUGGCAUUUGGCCUCGCCUGUUGACACUUCUGAAACUUGCGAAACCACCGCCGAGGUCUGGAAGCCCCACUCAGCCUCUGAUCAGAAAUCGCUUCUUUCCGACGAGCGGGAUCUCAUCAUUGAAACAGAGGGCGUAGAUCCCAAGUACGUUUACACGAUGCAUCUAUCGCUACGUUCCUCGACCGUACCGAAAUCUGCUCAAGUUGGACCGGCUCCUCCCAACCCAUCGAAGAACACCAAGCUUGCCUGGAAGGGUUUCUGGAGUUACAACAGACUGACGGAUGACUGGGGGGAGUUCGGUCUUCGCAAUGACCGAGCAUUCGUUUUCCGACGCGUACGCGGCUGGGGCCUAGACUGA